UCAACUUUGUAAUAAAGUUGCUCGCGGCUUGCGAGUAGUAGCAACCGCUUCUCGAGCUGCUAUUCAGAGAGCGGAAUCAUUAGUUAUCAGCAGAGUUUAUAUUCAUUAUUUGUUAACAAUAGUAAUUGUAUUAAUAAGCAAUAGUAACAUAAAAAUAUAAUGUGUGAUUCGGACCAUACAAUUAUGUGAUGCCUGGUGAUUAUUAUCGGCAAAAUAUGCGAAGAGAACAAAACGGCUGACGAUCGCGAAAGAGAAAGUGCUACAACUAUCAAUUUUAUCGUUAGUUAAAGUACAUUCAAACAUUUUACGACACGCAAUAUUUGAAUACUUACUAAAAUGAUACAAUUAUCGAAAGCGAAGUACGUAGGGCUAGGAGGUGUGGGCCUGACUGGUCUGGUGGUACUGGUAACAUACGUUUCUUUGUAUUCGAGUGUAAAGCCGUCUCACUACGUGGCUGCCGUUGUGACAAAUGGCUACGAAUGUUCCCAAAUAGGGGCAUCAAUACUGGAACAAGGUGGUUCAGCGGUUGAUUCAGCUAUUGCAGCCCUCUUUUGUGAAGGAAUUGCUAUGCCCCAGAGCAUGGGUUUGGGUGGUGGUUUUUUUAUGACUAUUUAUAUUCGAGAAGAAAAGACUGCGUAUUAUUUAAAUGCUAGAGAAAGUGCCCCCUUGGCAGCGUCAAGGAACAUGUUCGCUGGGAACGCUUCAUUGUCUGCUGGGGGAGGAUUAGCGGUUGCAGUACCUGGAGAACUAAAGGGUUAUUGGUACGCCCAUCAGAAAUUCGGAAAACUACCAUGGGCCACCUUAAUUCAACCCUCCAUUGAAUUGUGCAGGCGUGGACACCUUGUCACCCCUUACCUAGCAAAUUUAUUCAACAACCAAAAGAAUAUGAUUCGUCAAAGCGAUACGUUAAGGGAGAUUUUUUUCAAUCCUGAAACCAAUGACGUGUACAAGGAAGGUGACUACGUCAAAAGAUUAAAACUGGCGGAAACGUUGGAAGUCAUUGCCGAAGAAGGAGCAGAUGCCCUUUACGACGGUUCUCUUACAAGCGGCUUCAUCCAGGACAUAAAGGAUUUGGGUGGGAUUAUAGUGGAAGAAGAUCUAAAAAUAUACACUCCCCUUUGGGAAGAUCCUGCCCAUACUAAUUUAAAUGGCUAUUCGCUGUAUACGUCACGACUGCCAAGUGCCGGUGGUAUAUUGACCUUCAUCCUCAAUAUUCUACAAGGUUAUUUAGACCAUAAUAAUAUUAACUCUGUAAAGAACUGGCAGAGAAUUGUCGAAGCCUUUAAAUAUGGAUAUGCAAGGAGAACAGACGUGGGAGAUCCACGCUUCGUCGAUGGAAUGGACACGUUGAUGGACAAUUUAAUGUCAACGGACUAUGCCAAUUCAAUACGCAGUCUAAUCACUGACGAUAAAACGUUUCAAAAUCCGGUUCAUUAUGGAGUCAAUGCGAGUUUCUUUGAAGACCAUGGUACUGCUCAUCUUUCUGUUUUGGCCGAGAACGGAGAUGCCGUAUCAGUUACCAGUACCAUCAAUUUAUACUUUGGUGCUAAAAUCAGAUCUAGAAGUACAGGAAUUAUUCUGAAUGAUGAAAUGGAUGACUUUUCGUCGCCGAAUAUAACGAAUUCUUUCAACCUUCCCCCCAUGCCCAAUAAUUUCAUCGAGCCCCAAAAACGCCCCGCAUCAUCGAUGGCGCCCAGUAUUAUUGUGAAUGAAAAGGGCGAUGUUAAACUGAUAGUGGGGGCGGCGGGAGGAUCGAAGAUUACAACUGCUGUAGCACUGGUGGCCAUGAGAAACUUAUGGUUCGCUGAAGAAAUACAAGAAGCAGUAAGUGCACCAAGGCUGCACCAUCAGUUGUUUCCCAUGUCUGUAGCUAUUGAAAACGAUUUUGACCCCGAAAUAAUAAAAGGUCUAGCGGCAAUCGGGCACAAUUACACACUGAACCCUGCCACAGGUUUCUCAGCUUUAACAGCAAUUUCAGUUGAUGACAAUGGCGUUGUAACAGGAGGAACCGAUCCAAGGCGGUCUGGAACUAUAGCCUAUGUAUCGGCUAAAGGGUCCUAGUACUUACAAUUAAAUAAACUUCUGUGAAUAUAAUUUAACGAAUAGCUUUUAAUUUCGAAUGUGAUCAGUAUUCUUACAGUAAUUAUUAUGUACUAUGAACAAAGACAAAUAAAAAUGAAACCUACAAGACUCC